AUGGACACACUUCUCCACACGGACUGGUGGUUCAGCAACCCACAUCCACCGUAUCCCCCAAUUCCACCGCCCGACAUUGAGCCACACCACUCUACGCGUCAAGAUCAAGACGAGCGACCCGAAAUGACGGAACUUCCGACUGCUCGCCCCAGCGUGCUCCAAUCCACCUGGAAUUACUCCUUCGAUGAUGCUCCAUCAUUACCUCCAGCUCCCACACAAUCACAACUACAAACUAUACAAUCGCCAUAUGCACCUUCUUCACUGCCGGAGCUGGAGUUUCAGCCGCCAAAUUUUGAGAUGGUGCCGGAGACGUCGGCGGGCAGACCGUCGGUACUCGCCCACGGUUCCGAUGUCAGCCGGUACGAGCCGAACUACAACUUCCCCUACUACGCCACGCGGGUGGACGAGUUGCUCUUCUCGCAGCCGAUUUUCGGCAACAUCGACCCGGCCGUCUAUUUGGGGGCCAUUAAGAAAGACAAGGCUGCGGAAACGAAAUUUAAGGAACCAAAGGAAUCAUCAGAAUCGGCCGUCAUCCCUAAAGAAGAAGUGAAGACGCCACAACCUGAGAAUCCCGAUCUUCCGGUAUGCCGUUCGACGCAGGCGAACGGGCUGCACUUUGGGGCGCGGACGUGUGCUGCGUGCGCUGCCUUUUUCCGACGAACCAUCUCGGACGCCAAAAAGUACAUCUGCAAGCGGUCGCAGCGCUGCACGACGGCUAGCAGGGAUGGGUACCGAAAAAUCUGCCGUGCAUGUCGGCUGAAGCGCUGUAUGGAGUGUGGGAUGUUGCCGGAGAACGUUCAAAACAAACGUCACGUCCCGCCUACGCCUCCACUUCCGAUUCCCGGCGGACCGUUACCUGGCUUGACCGCCUCGGCGUCGGCCGCCCUGUCCGCGUUGCCGCAGAUUACCAGUGGUGGGAUGGUUGCUACGAUAGAGGCUACUGUAUUCGUGCGCGACGAGCGGCGCAUGAAAGAGGAAAAAGUGCAGAUGAGACUGCCGGAUAAUUAUUAUCCGGAUACGAAAGACAAGCACUACCGUAGCCAAGGCGUUGAGCCGGAAGAAUUUCACUCGAUCGGCCAAGGGCAGCAGGCGAUGGUUAUAGGCGCUAUUCUGCAAAAAGGCGCGAUGGGCGGCAUUGACGCAAAAAGUGACUCGACUCAGGAAAAUGGUAACAUCGGAGCUGCUUGCCGCGUCGCGGCAAAAAGGUACACAAUGUCCGAAUUGAAAGAGGACAAAUCGUACCGGUGGCUGAUGCGAGAACUGCAGAACACCCAAUUCCUCGUGCACCCAAAUAUUGUCCGCCUUGAAGACACGUUCUUCGAGCCGAAUGCAGACGGCACCGUCAAGUACACGUGGAUCGUCACCGAGCGCAUGGAGACCACGCUGCAGGCUUACAUUAACCACAUCAACCGCCCGGAGAAGAUGGACAAACCGCGUGACCAUCGCCACGUCGCCGCCGUCAUGACGCAGAUUUUUAUGGCGCUCGACUUUUUGCACCAUCGGGGCGUUAUUCACCGGGACCUAAACCCGAAAAAUGUUGGCCUAAACCUGCAGACGUUCGACAUCAAGCUGCUCGAUUUCGGGUGUUCUGGUCUGACUGUGUCUGAUGGUAGCAUGACGACGAAAGGGCGUGUCGGGACCCCGCAUCUCUACAGACCGCCCGAGCUGCUCGUUCCGAAUUGCCCCUAUGAUUCGAGAGUGGACGUGUGGGCGGUUGGGCUGAUUGCGCUGGAGAUGCUGGGAAAGAAGCUGUUCCUGCCCAGCAGUAUCCCGAAUGCAGAGGGCGUUGAGAAAGAUAAGCUGUUUUCGGCGUACGAAGCGGCGAUGCUGCAACGCGUUCUCGACGUGCUCGGGGUGCCGGAGGAUCGCUAUGAGGAAGUUUUCGGCAACCAUCUGGCGAGGAUAGAUGAACGCCCCAGUAAACUGCGCGAAGAACUGCAGGGGCCGUUGGGGCUUCUUGGCCCGGAGAUGAACGCGCUCAGGACUGCCGACCUCGAGAACCUGCUCUACAAGAUUUUUACGGUUAACCCGCAGCGGCGGCCGACAGCCACGAAUUGCCUGCGCCAUCCGUAUCUCGUGAAAAUGCAUGAAAAAUAUAAGCCAACCGAGGCGAGGGGCAGCCUGGAAGCCGACAAACGGGAAGUUGCCGAUAUGCUGGAACGAUUCUCGAAAAAGUUGGAUCUU